GUCUAAUACGAAUUUCAAUAUGCCAACAUCGGAAUUCCCACCACUUGUGAAUGACUGCAUUCUCAAAGCAGCCCGUGGACAACCGGUAUCACGACAGCCCAUAUGGAUCAUGCGCCAAGCUGGCAGAUACUUACCAGAAUUCCGUGCUUUACGCGAGAAGCAUGAUUUUUUUACGAUUUGCCGCACUCCCGAACUGGCAUGUGAAGUGACGUUGCAGCCAAUACGACGUUUUGAUUUGGAUGCUGCCAUUAUUUUCUCAGACAUACUGGUGAUUCCUCAAGUAAGUAUUUUCGUUUACUUAUGGUUGGUUGAUUUUAAAUUUACCUAUUUGGGUCAAUACGUAUUUCAAGUUAAAUGA